AAAUAGCGGUAUCAGUUAUCCGUGCACUGCACCGCUUACUUUCACUCAUUUGUUUAGUUACUUAAAACUUUAUUCAUAAUGUCUAAUUCAGCCGAAGCGGAUUUACCAUCGAACCUUGCGUGUCUGAAAAGUAUAGACACGAUGCUGCGAUGUCCCAUUUGCUUUGACUUCUUGAACAUUUCCAUGAUGACACAGUGUUCCCAUAACUUCUGUUCCCUGUGCAUUCGGAAAUUUCUUUCCUACAAGUUGUUGUGUCCUGUUUGCAAUACGCCAAUGACUGAACAAGAGCUGAGGAACAACAGGAUAUUAGAUGACAUUGUACAGAGCUUCCAGUCUGUGAGGCAACAGCUGUCUCGGGCAAAUUUUGACUCACCCCCGAUCUCCCCCAAGACCCCGUCAGUGGCUAUCAAAGGCAAAGCAGCGAGACAGAAAGCUCUCAAAAAAGAGGGCACGCCUCUGACUCACUUUUUCCAGAAACGAGUCCCCAACAAUCCUGCCACAGAGGUGAAGAAAGGCUCUGGUCCUCUUCACCCAGUAAAACAGGAGCCCAUGGAAGUGUGUCUGCAGGGAGACUUCCUGCCUCAGAGUGUACAGACCAUGACCUCAGCAGUGAAAGAGGAGAAGCUGGACGGGGCUUUUCCUUCCACGUCCCGGGAUAUUGUAGUCAAAGUGGAGUGUCCAGUGUGCAGCGUGGUAGUGCCUCAGCAGCACAUUAACAAACAUCUGGACACAUGUCUGAGCAGAGGGGAGAAGAAGGAGAGCCUCCGAAGGUCUGACCAGCUAGGCCUCCCCUGUUCUGCAUUUGUAGUGCCCAACUCUCGGAAGCGCAAGGCAAAGCUGGUGUACACCCUUCUGAACAUGUCUGAGCUGAAGAGACACUUGAAGGAGUGCCAUCUAUCUACACAGGGCCCUAGAGAGCAGCUUAUUAGGCGGCACCAAGAGUUCACACACGUCUACAACGCACAGUGUGAUGCCCUCAACCCCAGAUCAAGUGAGGACAUUGCUAAAGAAGUUGAGAGCAACGAGAAGACCAGGAUCCAGCUGGAGAACAAAAGGAAACGCCCGAUAGUCAUCACCAAAAAGCACACAGCCGAAGAGAUCGAACAGUUGAACACAGACUACCGGAAACAGCACAGCAGCGAAUUUUCCCGUUUGAUCGCUCAGGUUCGAGGUUGUUUGGAGAAAUCGAAGAAAGAACAGAUUAAAGAGGAAAAAGAACAAGCAGCAGAGAUGACAUCUCACACAGAUGAUCACACCACUGUUCAAAGCACAGUCCAGCCCACUCUUUCAACAUCACUGAUGAUGACCAAUAAUAAGAAGAUCCCAGUUAUAGAUAUUCGGUCAAGGUCACCAAGCCCCACUCUAAGUGAAGUGUCUCUCAGCAGCUCUGUUUCCGAUGUUUUCAGUUGAAGACGCUGCUCAUAAUCUUCAGUGGUGGUCCAAGAGGCUAAUGCAGCACCUCUGCUUCUUCACUCUUCAUGCAUGGAAAUAUUUCAAGAUGAACCAAACCAGUAUGGCAUCUCAGUCUAAAAUGUGUUAUGUACAAAGCAGUCAUACCUUCACAAAAGAUCAAAGUGUUUUUGUUUGGUUGUUUUUGUUUUAUAGAUAUGUACAUAGAUUUUAAAUAAAAAUGUGUA